AUGCUUGAAAAUGAUCUACCACAUAAUGAGUUAGUCUGGUGGAGGAUGACAAAGAAACAAAGAUAUUUACCUGGGCGUACCGUAAUAUUGGAAUUAGAAAACAAAACAGUAGGAAUAGAAGAAGAACAUGAAAAAAUAUUGAGAAAGUUAAUUAAGCAUGGCUCAGUUAUUAUUCAUUCAUUUGAUGAUAUGAAAUAUGCUGUUUGCAAUUCUAGCAAUGUCAGAUUAUAUCCGACAUUUUCUGAACAGGAGCAAAAGUCACUUGAAAAAGAAUGCAUAAAAUCAACGAAGGUAAAUUAUAGAGCUUUGUUACGGAUCAAAAAAAUAGUUGAACUCAGAAAAUUAGAUCAGGCACAAUUUGAAAGCAACAAAACAAAUAUGUCUCCCUUAGAAAUUCGCAUGAUUCAAUUUUUUAAGGAUAAAGAUAGUAUCAUUAAUAUUUCUGAAAGUAUACAAUAUCUCGAAAAUAACACUGCAAUUGAACUACUGGGAUCAAUUGUUAACAGGAAAACUUUAAAAACUAUGAUUGGCCAAAGUCCACAAGCUUAUUUUUAUUUAGAUAAAAACUUAUUAAAUGAAAAAAAUAGAAAUAUUCUUGAGAAAGAGCAAGAUACUAUAACGGAAUCUAUUGAAUCUAAGCAUUGGCAAAACGAAUUAAAUGAAAUCAUUGUCAAUAGGAAAACUAUUUGUGAAUUGUUGAGCUGCAUACCAUUUGAAUUACUAUCAAGCAAAUAUAAUGAAAAAAGAAACGUUGAAUUAAUUAUCAAUAAAAUUUCUGCGAAUGAUUGUGAAGACCAAAUGAUCGAAAAAUUUUGUAAACAAAAUAUUGAUUCUAUUUACCAUGGGAAAUUCAUCAUAGAAUAUAUUAAAUUAUCGAUAUUAUACCUGCGCAUUCUAUCAAAAUCAAUCGCACUAAGAGUUGUAAAUGCCAAUCAAAAGAAAAAAACGAGAAACAAAUCUGCUUCGCAAUAUGUUAUAGUUUUAUCACUUGAGCUAUUAUUUUGCGAUCCAUAUGAAGUCAAAAUGCUUUCAUUGACUAAAUUAAAGUAUGAAGAAAAAAACAUCUCUAGGGUAAACAAUUGGUUGGGGUUUCUACAUAUUGAUGCGGAUUCAAAUAGUUCAUCUAAUGAGGUGUUAAGUAAUAAUUUGGAAAAAAGUAAUGCCCAUGAUCUAUCGUUAUGUUUUAAAACAACAAUCCCUGAUAAAAAUUCUAGAAAAAAUGAAUUCUAUUAUAAGGUUGAUUUAAAUCGUAUCAGUAGUCAACUGGUAAUUUCUGAGGAAUUACAGAAUGCCUAUAACUUCUAUAGCAAGGAAUUUAAUCUUGAAGACCUAGAACACCGUACGAAGUUGUUCCACGUUAUUAAAACUUCAUGUCCCAUGAUGAUUAAACUAUUGAGGGAAUGGAUUAUGAGUGUUAAUGGGGGUGACUUUGACCAUUUAGGUAGCAUUGAUCAACUGAAAAAAAUCAAAGAAAAUUUAUUGAAUGUUGAUAAAUAG